GAUCACGUGACCCCUUCAUCCUUGUCAGCUGACGCUUGGCGGAACUGUAGUUUAGUCCUGUAGAUUUCACAAAUAUAAAUAUAGUAUUUAGAUAGUUUAGUAGUUCCAAAGUCUAUCUAUUUCCUUUGAUAACUCUUUCUUAAGAUCACACUCAGUGCCUUAGUAAAGACAUCAGCCAUGGCGCUCAGCGAUGCCGCCGUACAGAAACAGAUCAAACACAUGAUGGCCUUUAUUGAGCAGGAAGCCAGUGAGAAGGCAGAAGAAAUAGAUGCAAAGGCAGAAGAAGAGUUCAAUAUUGAAAAAGGACGACUGGUACAGACUCAGCGGUUGAAAAUAAUGGAGUACUAUGAGAAGAAAGAAAAACAGAUUGAACAGCAGAAGAAAAUUCAAAUGUCGAAUUUAAUGAACCAGGCCAGGCUCAAGGUACUCAAAGCUCGUGAUGACAUGAUUAAGGAUCUCCUUAAUGAUGCACGACAAAGACUGGCCGACAUUGCUAACAACCCAAAUGAGUACUCAGCACUGCUGGAGGGGCUGGUGUUACAGGGAUUUUAUCAGCUGUUGGAGCCAAAGGUUAUAGUUCGGUGCAGAAAGGAAGAUGUAGCAAUGGUGCAGGCUGCUGUUAAGAAAAACAUCCCCAUCUACAAAGAGACUACAAAGAAUAAUAUUGAAGUGCACGUCGACGAAAACAGCUUCCUGCCCUCUAACAUCUCAGGAGGUGUUGAAGUCUAUAAUGCUGAUGGGAAAAUCAAGGUGUCCAACACAUUGGAGAGCAGACUGGAUCUUCUAGCACAACAGAUGAUGCCUGAGAUCAGAGUGCAACUGUUUGGUGCUAACCCAAACCGCAAGUUUUUGGACUAGUGGUCUGUUACUAAAUGUGCUUGAUUGGUCAAAAUUCAAAAGCCCUGAUUAAGUUACAACGAGUUUGAUGGGAAGUUUUUUUUUUAAGGUUACUUUCUGAAGUUUCUGUUGUAAUUCAGGAAAUUCAACUGCUCAUGUUUGAGCAAUAAUUUGCUUUCUCACUUUCUUUUGUGUUUUUCUUAAAAAAAAAAAAAAAAAAAAAAAAACAAGCCAAAGGAAGUGGUUUAAAGUGAAAAGCUUAUCAUGUGUGCUUGUUACCUUACACCUCUCCUUUGAGUGUUUAUUUAGUGCUUUUUGUUUGAAAAUCAUGUCAUCCGUAGGGAAAGUGGACACCUGAUAUCUUAUCUCAGCCUGUUUGAACAAAAAGCUUUAAGCACUCAGGAAUUUACAUUGUUUUUGCUUUGAAUGUUGGUAGCCAUGCUAGCAGCCUAUCAGGUUUUCCCUGGAAAAAGGAAACUCUCUUUCGAAGUCUUAAAAAUAUGGAUGCCUCUGUGCUUGUUUGUGUUUUCCUUUGUAGUACGACCGCAUUAUAUACUACAGAGAAAUAAAUCAAAUAUAUUUUAUUUA